AUGUCAGAUUUAAACGCUGGAGGUGAAAAUAUACCUGUGAUAAAUGAUACUUCAAUUGUAGAGAACCUUAAUUUAAACAUGUUAGAAAAUUUUACGAAUGAAUCAUUAGAAGAUGUGUCUUUUAAAAAGGACACUGAUCUUUCAGAAAAUGUUUUUGUGAAUAUGUCAGAAGCUAAAGAAGAUAAAAUAGAAGGUACAUUAGACAUAAAUGAUUCGUCAACAUCACACAUUAAAGAAGAAACUGAAAUAGAAAUAAAGCUGGAACAGGAAACUAUUGGACACAAUGUAAUUGAUAAUCCAUUUAAAGAUAUUCAAGUUCAUGUUAAAAGUGAACUUUCAGAUGAAGAAAAAUGUUAUAAAAAAAGUGAGAGUGAUGAAAUAACAAAGGAAGACAGUUUUAAAAGAAAUUUUGAUAUAAAAGACGAAUAUUGCCAAGAUGACAUUGUUACAUAUGAUUAUCCGACUUUUGAUGAUAGUAUGGAUAGUGAAGAUGCCACAGCAUUGGGCAAUGUUGAGACAUGCUUACAAGAAGUCAAAUCAGAACCUGAUAAGGUUGAGGAUAAGGAUGUGAUUAACAAUCAAAUUAAAGAAGAAUCAGAUGUAACAGUCACAGAUACACACCUAAUAUCUAAUACAAUUAUUAGUACUUCAACUAUAACAAAUCCAGAAAUUGAUAUAACACAAUCUGAAACUACAAGAACUCUUCUAAUGGAAAUACAUCCAGUUUUUCAAUCACACAAUGUUUUGAGUAACCCAGAAGAAAUUCUACCAACCUCAAAUGAAAAUGAAAUGGAUUUGACUGAACCAUUCCAGUUGAAUUCUAUCACUGGAAAUGUCUUGUCACUUGAGCAAGAGGCCUAUGGACUUUUAAAAGCAAAGAAAGCACAUAGAGUUGAUUCUGAUGGCCGGAGUUUUCCUUGUGAAAAAUGCUGUAAGGUGUACUACAGUAAUGGUAGUUUAAAAAAGCAUUUACAAGUUCAUCAGACCAUCGAAAAUUACGAGCGUGGUAGAAAAAUGAUGCAGGUCACUAGAAUUAAAAAUUCUAGGCGGAACAUAAAGAACAAAAAGUAUAUUAAAAAAAUUAAAAUAGGUGAUCUUGCAAGCAUGAGGGCGAGGCAAGACAGACUAGAAAAACGAAUGCAGCUCAAAGAACUCCAUGAAAGAGAAAAGGUGCAAAACGAAAGUAUAGAGGCAGAUAAACUUAUUAAUGAAGGUAAAAUGGAUUCCAAUAAAGAGGGUUACGAAUGUACUUGUGGCCAAGUUUUCCAGCGUCGAAGCAGAAUGGAAACGUGUUUUCGUUCUCAUGAUAUAGACAUGUACGAAACCAGACUAUGCAACUACUCUUGCAUGUCUUGUCCGAAGCAAUUUACAGCAAAAGAUGAACUCGUGGCUCAUAGACGAAGAUUUCACCGUAAACGAUUCCCUUGUAAAUUCUGCCCCACUGACUAUCACACGCGAAAAGAGUUAUUUAAACAUUUAAGGAUACAUCAAAAGGUUCAAUUGAUGGAGUACAAAGUCAUAUCAGAAGUGAUGAACGGUAACCAAAACCUGACUUGUUUCAUGUGCGACAAAAGUUGCUCAGAGUUGACAGAACUCAAAAGUCACGUUAUGGUAGAUCAUAAGGAGCCAUAUAUUUGCCCUAAGUGUAAUGAAACUUUUACCAAAAUUAUCGAUUUUGCACAUCACACGAAAACUGAUCAUCCAGAAGUGGAGGGGCAAUCAGUUUUGGAUGUUUUAGAGGCCUUCUCUAAGUUAGUUCGGGAUUGGAAGUGCGAUGAAUGUGAGAUACAGUUCCAUGAGGCGGAUAAAUUAGCUAAACAUCAAGUGGAAAUGCACAGCCCAGAGUUGAACACAGAAAUGCAGUAUCAGUGUGACGAUUGCCGCAGAGUCUUUAUUAGUCAAAAAGGUUUAACUUCCCACCGACGUAUCCACCAUAACACUGGCAGUGUUGAAGAAGCUGAAAUAAUUGAAGGAGUAAUAUGCAUUGAGUGCCGAAAAAUAUGCAAAGAUGAGACAGCACUAGCAUCCCAUAUGCGAUUACAUUCUCUGGAUAGAAAGUAUCCCUGCAAAUUCUGUGAUUUCCGUUUUGCAACUCCAGAAAAGAGGAAGACACAUGCAGAAUUACAUACAGGCGAUAUGAAGUACGUCUGCUUUAUUUGUGAAUACCAAUGCACUUCGGAGAAUAGGUUAAGACUACACAAAAUGUCAGAAAAACAUGCAAACAUGAAGGAGUUCUUAGUGUCCGGCCAAGCGUUGGCAGAAGCACAGAAGGGCAAAAAUAGUGAAGAGAAGAUAGAUAACAGCUCAGAAUCUUCGAACGACGACGGUAUCGUUUGUGACAUUUGUGGUGAAAAGUUCUCUAAUAAAAAGAAAAUGCUGAAACACAAAGAGACGCAUCCCUUCAUAGAAUUCCCUAACGAUGAUACUCCUACUAGAAUAUUUUUUAAGUAG